CCCAUUGACGUGGCAACUUGUAGGAUUUCUUCAUUCAGAGCGGCGAUUAUUUUCAUUUCUCUAGUCGUCUGUACGAACAAACGAACGGCUAACAACGUCACGAUUCAGAUAGAGUUUGAAGUCAGCAGAUGAGUGAAAAUACCGACGAGUCAGGAACUCCAUCAUUUGGGCCGCCAUUCUCUACGGGACCGUUCGUUGCCGACGGCAACCAGCACCACGCUGCCACUGAAUCUGGCUACAGACGUCAAAUAUCCGCUCCCGUCUAUCCAUCCAGCUCUGUGAUUUCUACCUCUUUUGGUCAUGGGAGUGUGACACCAAUGAGUUACUCGAUUCCCACCGUGCAACACACAGUGAGGCCACCUGGUGGACUUCAGAGACCAGCGUUGCCGUCUGCGCAAUUUUUCCUGCCCUCGUCGGGUGUUGGGUUUCCGUCUGAUUCGUUUCCUGUCAUGCAGCAGUCACUUGGGAAGCAAGGAGAGGUUGGACACCUUGGGGUGUGUACGUCACUACCGACGACCGAUUUGUCUGUGCUUCCUGUUGGCGACCAUUCUCAGUUGAGUCACCACGAGUUGGUGGGUCUGGUCGACAGUCGUGCGGUGACGUCGAGUUAUGGAUCGGGAGGUGUCAUUCAGUCGAAUUCGUAUGCCGCAUACGGAGCCGAGAACGAUCCUGAACAGAUUCUGAGUUGUGAAAAUCGAUUUGCUGUGAGUGAAGCGUCGAAUCUGUCGGAUACGAAACUUGCAUCGUUUUUCAGCGGCGCUGGAGCUAUGUCACCAAGCCAAGGAAAAGAUUUUUUUAAUGUAGUUGCACCGUCUGUGAGUGACGUCGACGUAGCGAGCGAAUUCGGUCAACAGGUGCCGUCAUCCGGUCUCGGCGGUGAUCAGAGUUUAGUAGGAAAUCAUCCCAGUGUUUUGAUGAAUUCGUUGGAGGUCAAUCGUAGUUCAAACCAUGAAAGAGAGGCGGUAAAUCUAGUGGAAAAUGUUGGGCAACCUACGGAAAGUGCUCACUGGCCGACGGGUGUAUCUCAUCACGAUCAGAUGACGGAGUCGGGACACAGAGAAGACGGCAAUGAAGCAGUCAGCAGAGGCCACUUGCCUGUGGAUACAUCGGGUAUUAGUUCUGCUGUUGCUGACACGUUUCAUGAGGUGUCGUCACCGCAGGACGUACGUGGUAGGCACCAGAUUGUUUGCGAAGAUACUCAGCAAGUACGGAGAGUGACGGAUAUGUGUGACCACGUUGAUCAGUUGAGUGAUCAUUUUGCUCAACAAUCGAUAACAAGUCACGGAUUAGAUCCGCAUGCAUCUGUCGUGGAUAGUAGUGUGAAUCCGGGCGGUUCGCUUGUUUCUCCCUCGACGGCUCGUACGUCGUCACAACCAUCUGACCUCACAUCGCAAAUACAAUCAGUACAAUCGUCGUCACUCACUACACAAUCACUGCCUCAUCGUACGAUUACACACGAAUUGAUUCAGUCAACAGACCCUCUAGUGUCCAACCCUGUGUCUAACAGUCAGAUCAACGAGUUAGUGUCCACGAGUACUCCCUCGCUCAUCUACUUCCCAAGCACGUCACCACCCGGAGAGCAAGCUGAUCAGCCCGAAAAACACCAGAUCGAGCCACAGAGUCAUCUCCCUCAAACACAAAGUCAGUUGAUAAGUGAUACCGACGAUUCACGGACUCAACAACAUUUGUCGAAUUUUUUGGCUUCUGUGGCAUCCAACGAGUCAUCUGAAAGUAGAAUUCCUUCGUCAUCGUCGUUAGCCGACUCAGGUCUGCUACCAGUCGAUAGAAAUUUAGAAAUUAAGAAGCAGAACGUAGUGGGAUCUACCGGUGUGGACCUGUUAAUGCUCCCUCAAGGAUCAGACGUGAAACUCGCUCAACUCGAGUUACAAAAUGCUUUGCUUCCUGCCGUUGAACAAACUACGCCUCACUCUCCGUUUUCCGAAAAUAUGUUAGUGAAUCGUCUUAAUCCUAAUGAUUCUACGCACGUCAAGAAGUCGGACUCGGUGAGCGGUAACGUGUUACCUGAAAAUGAAACGCAGAAUAUUGUUCCUGCUGUUUCAUCCCACGGUCUUCCAUCUCAUGCUGUAGCUCCAACUCUGUCACUAACGUCUGGUCACCAUUACACACAAGUAUCGGCUGCCGUUCCCUCGUCAUCUGAUGCCAUCAUUUCCGGACAGUCUUCUCAACAACUUGAGCAAUCGUCAUCGUCUCAACUCGCUGUCAUGCAGGCUGCUCUUGCAACAAGCGGCUCAAACGAGACUCUAACCAGCGAGUCGGCUCAGCAACGUUCGUCUAAUAUUUUACAACCUGAAGUCUCUACGGUUGCUGGAUUAGUAAGUCACUCGUCGGUUCAAGCAGCUCAUUUUCAGUCAGAUUCGUUGCGUCAGAUAGCGACAUCAAAGGCGUCUUGUGACACCUCAGUUACGUCUGGUGUAGCAGCAUCCGUCGCCGCCGUACCUCAACAUCGGCAGAUGCAGCCAACGCAGCAAUCGAACAUUCUAACUAAAUUGGAUACUCGAGUUCAACAAAUCUUGCCAUCGCAGUCGCACGCCGUCGUGCAGCAACCGGAAAUAAACCAACCCGCGUUUGAUCACGUGACUUACCAACCUCCUGUAGCGAGUCACAACAUUCAGACGGUUCAGUAUAUGCCGAGUGAGUUUGCUCACGAGGCGAAGCACGAGAAAAUUACGAACGACCAACAGGCAGCCGUCGUGGCUCGUGGCUAUCCGAAUCCCGUCUUGGGUUUGAGUUCAGUCGCCUCGCAGAAUUUCCAAUACGAAUCGAAUCGGUCGUAUUCACAACCGGCUGCUCAGUCCCAACAGUUUGUACAUGCCGACGUUCAACGAUUGGUACCCAUUGCCGGGAAGACGGCGUUUGAUGCAGCAGGCGAUGUCCACGAACGUCAACUUGGUCACAGUGUGAGAUCUCUGCAGGAUGACGGGGCACACGAAUCGCAGCAGACUGUGACCGCGUCGGACGUGUCUCAUAACCAUGGAUACCACUGGCCACCGGACACUCCCUUACAGAGUCACUAUCUCGCAUACGAUCAGCAUCCGUCGUUACAUCGCAACGUGGGUCAGAAUCUGCUUGCUACACGUUCCCACGCUUCGGCGUUUCACGAACCAACGAGAGGUCCAACACAAGGUAUACCCGGUGGUUACUCCUCGUCGUAUUUACGAUAUCCCGAUGCUCACUAUCCGCCCGACAGAGACGUAGGCAGACAAUAUGGCGGAUACCGAGGAUACGGAAACGAGUACUAUGGCCAGUAUUACGAUCACGAUCAUUAUUACAGAUACCGGCAUUACGACCGAUAUGAUCCAUACGCUCAUGACCGACACUACCACUCGUAUUCGCAUUAUCCCGAUGGCGAUCCACGAUGGAGGGAUCACCAAGGCCACUACAAUUAUCCCGAUCGGUAUAGACAUGAAACCGGGAUCCCCGGUAGUCGAUAUUACGAUGAACAAUACCACGAUCACUACCAGAACAAGUACGACAAAUCGACUGUAGAGACCGAUUACCAGCCCGACGUUUCAUCGAUUCACGAAGACAACACGGCGACCGCCGAUUAUCAGGACGCAAGUCGUUACGGAGAUUACAACGAUCGGCAACAGUUUGGUAACUAUGAUGAUGGACAGCACGCGAACUACGAGAAGCAGCGGAUGGAACACUAUGAUGGCUAUCAGCACUACGAUCCCAACAACGGUGGCUACGUCGAUCCUGUCGUCUCUGGAUUCUAUCCAGCCGAUGUUUCAUGGCAGCCAAUUCAAAGUAGUACACAAAUUCUUAUAUCCGUUUGUCUGCCUGUCUGCAUGCAUUCAUGCCUACUUAUUGGUCGUGUUUACUAUUUGUCUUGUUCCAUCUUAAGCUCUUUGUGUUUUUGUUGUUUUUUAGAGACGCCCACGCCGUCUCCUCGGACUACGCCUGUGAAGUUUAAUCGUCCUCAUGUGGUGGCAAGGUUUAGUCUUCGUGGUCAUCUUGUUACCGUUUUGCCGCAAUUUCUUGCCGGUGAUAAACCGAGACCGGUUGAAAUCAGCAAACCUGAAGCUGAAGCUGUACACAAAGAUAUCGCUGCAAUUGCUUCAUUUCCUGGUCCAUUGCUGAGAGAUGAAACAUCAAAGGCCGAGGUCGUGACCUUUGCAUCCGAGAGAGCUGCUGCAUGCCGCCAGUCUGCCAACGAGUGUGACGAUCCCGCCACAAAAGAAUCACUUCAGUCAUCGGCUCUUCUAUGGGAUUAUCUUGUGUUGUUGUGCAGACAAAAUGGAGCUGUUGAUGGGAGUGACGUGUCGGACCUUCUAAUGCGCCAGUCCGAGUUACCAAAUCAGCAAGCUCAACAACAAGCCGGAGUGAUGGACAGCUAUGCUGCAGAGACUCAGUAUCGCAACCUGUUACUGAGCGGAAGAAAAAAGCAAGCUUUAGAGACGGCUAUUCGCGGUCAACUGUGGGGUCAUGCGUUUGCACUCUCACUCAAGAUGGACCCUCGUGUGCAGAACAGCGUUAUGGCAAGGUUCAUUGGAAGCUGCAAGUCAAGCGAUCCUCUUCAGACGUAUUACCUACUGACAUCAGGAAGGAGUCCUGUUGCUGUGAAAGGAACUGUCGAUCCAUCGUGGGGUGAUUGGAAACCACACGUUGCCAUGAUGAUCGCGAACAAGAAUACAGACGAAGAUCUGACGAACGUCAUGACCAUUUCUCAAAAUCUUGGUACUCAAUUUCUAAUACAUUAUGUUAUACACUCGUACCAUUACAAUCAUUUGUUGUUGACGUGUGAAGCAUCGAGAGAUCUGUGUGGGAGUCAUUUAUGCUGCCUGCUCGCCGGUGGGAAAGUGAGCCAUCCUGGAGAGUCGAAAUGUCGGGUAUCGCUCUUGGGAGCCGAUCACACAAAACCCCUCGCAGAGUACGCGACCGUCGAGUGCAUACAACGAAGCGAGGUGUAUGAGUAUGCGUGUUCGUUGAACGAUCUCAACUUCUGUUGUUCGCCAUUGCAAUGUUACAAGCUGCUGUACGCGUACUGGCUCUUGGAUUUAGGGUUAACAAAUAAGUCGCUUCAAUAUUGCGAAGCUAUUGCUCAAUCGGUUCGCUUGAUUCCGGGCAAGUUUACGCCCGAAUUUGUCAAUCAACUGUACGAGCUCGGUUCUCGGCUUCACUCGUGUGACAGCCAUUCGAGAACGAUGUAUCACGACGGACUUCCCGAUUGGUUACUGUCAUUGGAGGGAAUUAUCGGGCAACGUGAAGAUCACACCAUACGAACGGCCGAACCGACGCCGUCUCCUCUACCUUCGCUCGGUAUGAGCGCCCAGACAUCUUCAGUCGUAGAGAAUUUCAUGCCAACAGACAACAUCACGCACGUUCAGAAUACCGGCGGUCUGUAUGAUGCACAAGUAUUUGCACAAGGUUUGGUAUAUAAUCAGCAGGCUGGGAUGGUCACGCAGGCUGGGAUGGUUACACACUCUCUGAUGGGUCAGCAACUGUUGAGUGGCAGUGGCCACAGUUCGUUGGCCGGAUCGCGAACGGAUCUCGUGUCCAUGGGAAUGCAACAGGAGCCGUUCCAGUUUCAGGGAUACGGCAGUGCGGGUGACGGUGCAGCCGUCUUUGUGCCGUUCUCGGGCUCGUCCGCAUACGAAACGGAUGCAUACGGACACAACAUGGUUAACACACGUAAUACACAAGACAACAACUUGAUGUCGUCGCAAUACACGUGGGAUGGAAUGCAGGGUGGUGAAUCUAUGGCGUUUCCUUCGACUUCUAUUGCUCAUAAUUUUGAGACUACUGCUCACAUGCCGAGCGGAAUCGGUUCGGAACCGACAAACGGUCAGCAGCAGCUUGAAGAAGACUCGUCGACUGCAGCUAAGGAUCAGACUGAUGGAUCGGAUACAAAGGACGAAGACAUAAAAAAUAGAAAGGAGACUAAACAAAAGCCGGGUGAAUCCAAGUGGCUUAUCGGUCGGCUGUGGCAGAAGAUCAAGCCGUCUGGUAAUCGGAUGAUUCUUCCGGACGACAAGAAGAAAUCGAUCGUGUGGGAUGAUAAACUGCAGCGGUGGGUCAAUCAGGAUGGGACAGAAGAGGAAACAAGUGGCCCGGCGGCUCCUCCCACCGACAUGCAACUUCAGUCUCAAGGCAUGUCGUCUGCAUUAGGACAAACAAACAACGUCGACGGUACCGAAAGACCAGGGCCUCCCUUUCCAGGAAAUGAACAAGUCGGAGCGUCUAUGCCUAUGACAUCCACGAAUGCCUAUUCUCGCCUCAAUUCUGGACCGAGAGGAAGACAAGGUUUGAGAAACAAGUAUGUUGACGUGCUGAAUCCUGGCGGCAACGGAGGCUCGUCUCAUAGUUCUAUAGCUCCACCGCCCGCAGUUCCCGGCAUCAUGAAUCCGCUGCCAAGCCAACCAUUUAGCGGAACUCUGUUCGUUCCACAAUCGACAGACAAUACAACAGGCGACGCGUUUACACAACAGUCUGCCGAUGGGUCAGAUCAAGUUACACAUUCAAGUGAAGGACAGAUGCCACAUCUACACGUCGGAUCGACAACUUCCGGUCUCCCAUCAGCAUCACAUCUACAUCAAAUACCCGGUGUAUACAACAACAGUGAACCAACAAGAGGAUCGUCACCAGACAGAAUGUCGACGACGAGCGAAGUGAGUGAGUUUUCACUGGAAGUCAGACAGCAUAUGGGAUAUCCAAGACCGACAGAGAACACACCGACUCAUCAUGCCGGUCAGAUCCCGAUGUACUCAUCAUCCGGACCUCUUCCUGCUUCCAGUGCGCGUGCGCAGCCUCAACAACGCGGUCGAUUCGGAAACGCCAGGCCUCGAUAUGUUGGGAUGGGCGUGUCGUCGAAGCCUCCGACCACCAUGUAGACAGAGAGCGGCCGUCGUCGACGUUGAAUAGUAGGAAAACACAAAUGUAUUUUGUUUACGUUCUCUUCGUGUCUCUCGUUUUCGUAGAGUACUCGAUAUAUCUUGUAUCUGUAGGACGUACUGUACUGUCGCAUGCACAUGUAAUAUGAUGUGCCGACAGGACUGAUUAAUUAAUUGAGAAUAAUUUUAUUGAGUGACGAACCGAAA